CAGGCUUCGUCGCGCCUCCUCGCAAAGCACUCGAUUUGUGGCCUACCUGGCACCGCUUCGAGCCGCCGCAGCGCCCACUCCACCCAAACUAACAGUGGUAGCAGCGCCGAGGAAAUCCGGCUAGCGCAGAGCCUUUUGACUCACAGAGAGGCCCACAGCACCAUUUGGCCCACAGCAGCUGAGAGGCCGCUCCAAGGCCCACAGAACCAUUUGGCCGUUUAAGAGGCAAAGAACGAUGAACCCCGACGACCCCGAGGAAGUGCGACGGCGCAGAUCGGCGCGGCUGAACGCGUCGCCGCCGUCCACCGACGGCCAAGCCCCGCCACCGGUCGCGUCGCCGCCGCCGAGCGCCCGCGCGUCGCCUCCGUCAUCCGCGCGGCCGGCCUCGAGCUCGGGGCAGAAGCGCCCGGCCCAGACUUCGCCCGUCGCGUCGCCGACACCGACGAAGAAGACGAUCCCCGUCGAUCGCGCGCUGCGACGCGUGUUGCGGUGCAAUAUCGUUGAAGGGCCGCCCAAGAGUGGCGGAGAGAUCUUCGAGGUCACGAAAGCGGAGGUGAAUGGCGCCUUGGACGAGAAGAGUUGCGGCGCCGUCGUAGCCUUACGACUCCAACGAGCGAAAAGUGGGGAAGAUGCUUUACAAUUACUACACGAGAUCUUCGUGAGAUGCCGGGACGAGGCGCGGACGGCGCGGAGCCGUUCUGAUGAGACGUGCGAGAAAGCGGUUCAAAUCUGCGGGAACACCGCUGCAAGUUUAGCGUCUGUGUGCUUAGUGCGGCCCGGCGCCCUCGGCAAGGCCUCGGAGAAGGCACGAGAUACAUUAGCGUCAGCACUCCUCGGCAAGGUGCCACAACUACGGCCCGAGUUCCUGCAGGGCGCGCUGGCCAAGGUGUCUCCGGAGCUCCUCAAGGACGUCGCCAAACCGUUAGUUGACCAGUGCUGCGAGGAACUGAAGCCAGCGACCGCGACGGAGAUUGAUGUUGAUAGAGUUUGUGGUGCUCUCAAUACGUGGCUCAGAUGUGCGGGAAAGAAGGUCGCGGGUGCCGCAUUAGUCGAGCACGAGGCCUUCCAGGUACCCCCAUUGGAAAGGCCAAGCGGUGGCGACCCCCAGCCCCCGGACGAACAAGACAACAACUUCGCGGCGUUGUUAGGGCAAGCCGGCAUGGCGCAGGACCAGGCGGCCCAGUGGGGGGCCAUGUUACGAGGUGUUCAGCGAAGCGUUAAUAGAGGAUUGCCUUUGGAAAGAACUUGUUUGCUCGGGUUGCUGUUGCGGGUGUCCGGUGGCGCUUCGUACCGGAACGACGUCGACAUGCAAACCCAAGCUCGCGGGUUGCGAGAACUCAUGCAACGGGUACGGAGGCCCCAGGACGUGCCGUCGGCCACUCGCGAACUCACACAACGCGUGUCUGUGUGCCGAGAAGCCAUUUCUUCACUAAUAGAAGGAUUGGUGAGAAACGGUCCUCAAUCGAGGGAAACCACGUUGCAGUGGCUCACGGCUUUGUUAAAUCGCUCGAAACCGGGCCGGCACGCCCACGCGACGCCGGCGACGCGAUUGGGAGCCUGCGCGGCCUGGUUGAGACUCUGCAGACCUUUUCUAGGCGACGAGAAAAAGGAAGCCAACGCCCAAGCGUCCCUGGACUACCUCAAGUCCGAUCUGGGCAAGGCCGCGUACCCGGACGAUCUGACGUGCGUCAACGUGGCACCUAUGCCUUCAACAGCACCGAUGGACGUCGACAGCGACCAGGAGAUGUACGACGACGACGGCGACGCCGAGCUCAAGGCCGCCCUCGAGCUCUCCACGACGCCGACGCAGGAUUUUCAUUUUGUGACGCGGUGCUUCUUUCUAGCUUCUAGAGCGGUGACGCUGGGCGUCGCGGCGGAACUCCAUCAAACGUACGGCAUGGACCAGCGGCCGCAUCGGGUCGCCGCGGCCGUCGGGGGGUGGGACCACGACAUGACGCGAGCUUCUCUGGCGGAGGUCGUCGCGAGAGAAGCGGCGCUCGCUUCCGAUAGUGUUGUAGAUGAUCUGCAGGCGUUCUCCGCGUGUCAAUGUCGGUGGUUGCUGCGGUUGUCCGAUGAUGAUUUGCGGAGGUGCCCGGAGUUUCUCCUGGAGGACGCUUGUACCAUACCUUGUGAGCUGAACUCCAUGAAGCCCGACACCUUGAGAAGAUCGAAGCCGUCGCCGGAUUUGCUGAAGUUGUGUGCGCGGUGUCUCGGGGCUACUGAUACACUGGUCAAAAGCCCACAUGCGCGAGAAAAACUCGGCAAGGCUUUAUAUGAUCUAUUCUUACCUGUAAGUGCAAAAGGCAAGACGUACACGGAGCUGGCGCUGUAUAGACAGCCCUUGCAAGAAAACCCGGGCAACGUCGAGUUGUUGGCCAACGCGUCUCCGGAAAUAGCCGCGAAGUUGUGUCCGGCCAUCCUCUGGUUGUUCGGCGACGCGGAGCACAUUGGCGACAUCUAUCAGAUCGCGGACCAGAGAUUGAGGAUUGCGGCGCUGAUCAAACACCUCUGGGACGCGCCGGUGCACCGAGCGGCCUUUAGGACCAUCGUGGCCGACGUGCGAGCCUUUGUCACGUUCGCGAACGGGCUGUUGAACGAGACGAACAAGCUCGUGGCCGGAGCCAUCGAGCGGCUGCCGGAGAUCCGGAACCAUCAAGUGAGGACUGGACUAUUAGAUGCGUCUUCCGACGAAUUCCGAAGAUUAAGAGCGGAGUACGAGUCGGCCAACGACACGCGGCGGGAGGAAUUGGACUCGAGACACAGUGAACAUGAGCAGCACCUCAAGCAAGACUUGGAAUUGUGUACGGAGAUCCUUUCGUUGGUCGAGAUGCUUACCGGUGAUACCGCAGUAGCGAAGGCCUUCAUGGGCGAAGAAUUACGUAGUCGCUUGGCGGGCAUGUUGCUUAGUGUCGUUCGGCAGUUCACCGGGAAACGCUCGUUGGACAUCAAAAUCUCGAAUCCAGAUGCGUACGGCUUCGAUCCGAAGGACAUCCUGAGCCGAGUCGGUCGCAUCGCGUGCUGUUUUGCUGCGGAACCGGAGUUCCCCGGGGCGUUGGCCGAGUCGGGGUAUUAUGAUGUCGAGUUAUUACCUAGGUGCGCCCAGACCCUGCGUCGAUUAGGUGCUCUCAGUUCUUCGCAGCUCGACGCCCUGGAUUCCCUGGCCAAGGCCGCCGGUGUCGCUCGGGAGGCGCUAUCAUUAGAUGACGGCCUCGAGAACGAAGCCCCCGAGGAGUUCGUGGACCCUCUGACGGCGGAACUCAUGAAAUCACCGGUCAAGCUACCUUCUGGCAAUGUGGUGGACGAUAGUACGAUCCGUCAACAUUUACUAAAUGAGCUGUCGGACCCGUUCUCGCGGCAGCCAUUGGAGCCGGCCGACCUCGAGCCGCUGCCGGACCUCAAGAAGCGCAUCGAGGAGUGGCUCGCCGUGAAGAGAGCUGAAAGGAGGGCGGCGCGCGGCGGCUAGGUUCUCUCCCCGGUUCUUAAGCAUCGUAUGAUACGUUGAGUACGCCGGGUAAAAUCUGAGCCACUUACGCCACCGCAU